AACUACUGAACGAAUAAAGAGCCUAAGCAUAAAGAAAACGCUUAAGGUUGCCGUGCAAUGCUUACGAUGCAUAGGUUGUGUUGCAUUUAUAUGUGUUAACCGAUGCCGGUGGCACGUGACACGCCUCCAAUGCGCCGUGAGCAGAGAGCAAGUUGGGCUCCACCGCAUACUCGCAGAUCUCGGUCGGAAGCGGACAAAGCAACUUCCACCGAAUCAUUUGUUGCUGCUUCACUUUAACCUCGGGUGCACGUUUUUAUUGCGCGUUACAGCGAGACUGUACAAAAACAGCUUUUUCUGGGUUACAUUUGAAUGAUACAAGAAGGAAAGUAUUGUGUUUCGAACGCACACUUGCCGGUGUGGUCUUGCUUUCCUAUGAAAGAACGACUGUGGUAGUUUUCUCUGAGAGCGUCAGGGUGACACGAGCUGUGGUUACUAGAAAGGCAUGUCCUCGGACAACGGACUUUUAUACUCGAAUCAUCUACCUGACUUGUAAACUUGUUGCUUUUGCUCUGCAGCAGCUACGGAAACGCAUUUGGAUACUUGGGGUGCGCGUUUUUGCGCGUCGGCGAUAAAGCAACUGCACUGCUCUAUAUGUAAAACAACCACACUUGUGAUUUAUGAGGAGAUGUCCUUUACCUGGGUUGCGGAUCUGUGAGAGCAAAACGGAGCACCGACUCUGCUUCACUUGCACCGGGUCGCGCACAUUUGGGCAGCAUGGCAGCUGGAGUCGCAGCGUGGCUACCAUUCGCGCGCGCCGCGGCCAUAGGAUGGAUGCCCGUGGCGAGCGCCCCGAUGCCCCCUCCACCGCGGGAGAAGAGGAGAGGUCAGGACGGGCUGAUCAUCUUGAACGUAAGCGGCUCUAAGUUUCAAACUUGGAAGAAUACUUUGGAGAGGUACCCGGACACUUUACUAGGAAGCACAGAACGCGACUUCUUUUACCACGAGGAGACCAACGAGUACUUUUUUGACCGCGACCCGGACAUAUUCAGGCACAUCCUCAACUUUUACCGAACCGGUAAACUACACUACCCUCGCCACGAGUGUAUUUCCGCCUAUGACGAGGAGCUGGCCUUCUUCGGCAUAAUUCCUGAAAUAAUAGGGGACUGUUGUUAUGAGGAGUACAAAGAUCGCAGGCGAGAGAACGCUGAGAGAAUUCAAGACGACGAGGAGAACAAUGAAGCUAACGAUUUGGUGCUGCCGUCUUUGUCGUUCCGCGAGACCAUGUGGCGAGCGUUUGAGAACCCUCACACCAGCACCAUGGCGCUGGUGUUUUAUUACGUCACGGGGUUUUUUAUAGCCGUUUCGGUCAUGGCCAACGUGGUGGAGACGGUCCCGUGCGGCUACGCGCCGAACAGGGUCAAGGAGAUGUCAUGUGGGGACCGCUACGCCCUGGCGUUCUUCUGUUUGGAUACGGCCUGCGUCAUGAUCUUCACCGUCGAGUACCUGCUCCGCCUGAUUGCUGCGCCCAGCAGGUACAAGUUUGUCAAGAGCGUGAUGAGUAUCAUUGACGUGGUGGCCAUCAUGCCUUACUAUAUCGGCCUGGUCAUGACGGACAACGAGGACGUGAGCGGGGCCUUCGUCACCCUCAGGGUCUUCAGGGUCUUUCGGAUUUUCAAAUUUUCGCGGCACUCGGCCGGACUGCGCAUCCUGGGGUACACGCUCAAGAGCUGCGCGUCUGAACUGGGAUUCCUGCUCUUCUCGCUCACCAUGGCCAUCAUCAUCUUCGCCACCGUCAUGUUUUACGCAGAGAAAGGCUCCUCCGCCAGCAAGUUCACCAGCAUACCGGCGGCUUUCUGGUACACCAUAGUCACCAUGACAACUCUGGGAUAUGGAGACAUGGUUCCUAAGACCAUCAUGGGAAAGAUAUUUGGCUCUAUCUGUUCGCUGAGUGGCGUGCUGGUCAUCGCUCUUCCCGUGCCCGUCAUCGUGUCCAAUUUCAGCCGGAUCUACCACCAGAGUCAACGUGCAGAAAAGCGGCGGGCUCAAAAGAAAACCAGGAUUGCUAGAAUUCGUGCGACGAAGAGCGGUGGCGCUAACGCUUAUUUGCAGUACAAACGCAAUGGGAUGCUGGCGAACAUGGAGGAGGAGGCAUCAAAACAGGCGGGCCAAGCUCUGGUAUGUAAGAUCAACCCCACUUUUGAGACCCAACAUCACCAUCUUCUGCACUGCUUGGAGAAAACAACGAAUCAUGAGUUUGUAGACGAGCAGACUUAUGAGACAAACUUUAUGGAGGUUACCAUGACGAAGCCACCCAUGUCUUGCUCUUCGUCAAUGUCUUCGUCUCCGCCUGGCCUGUCCUCCUGCUGCUCGCGCAGGAACAAGCGCAAGAGCUUCAACGUUCCCAAUUCGAACAUGACGGGAGGCCGCAGAGGAAGCAUACAGGAGCUCAGCACCAUUCAGAUCAGAGAGAGACCGCUGAGCAACAGUCGUUCCAGUCUCAAUGCCAAGUUCGAGGAAACGCUACCCCUUAAUUCCGAAGAGCAGCCCUACAUUACUGCCGCUGUCAUCAGCAUGCCGACUCCGCCUGUGACCACGCCUGACGGCGGAGACUCCACCAGCUCGACCGACUUCUUGCGAAGCAACAUCGUCAGGGUGUCGGCGCUAUAAACCAACCGCAGUGACCAUUAGCCGCUUAAUUUGGCGAGUGGACACUGGAACGGGAUCGAUGGAGCCCCCUAGUGUAAUGGAGUAGGCGUUGCGGCAGGACGGGCCGUAGCUGGACUUUUUUUAAUCGACUCCUGUCCGUGGCUCUGCUGUACUGUUUCCGGGAUGUCAGCUCCGCAUCUAGGCCCAUGCGUCAUGUGACUCACACCCGGCCCCGAUAGGCUUUCACUCAACACACAAAAGGAAAUGAUAACCAUAAUUACCAUUGUGGUUAUUGCAGCUUCUAAUAUUAUAUUUUGAGUAUUGUGUGUCUUCGAAUUUGUUGUCUUAAAUUUAAUAAGGUCUAAGAGCUAUUUGUGAGGAAUAAGGAGCGUACCAGCAAAUUUUACAGUAAUGAUAUUUAGACAGCUUUUAGACACCUCUACACACCGAUACUUUUGAUACUAAUAAGUAAAGCUGGGCUCUACAAGGGUACGAGGUCGAAUGCUUUUGUGUGCGUGCGUGUAUGAUGAAGACCAAUCUCUUGCAUGUUUUGCAUUCAUAAGUCUUUGUCUUUUUUCCAAUUCGGCAUGAGCAAUAAGGAUUGGCUGUCUGGGAGUGCGUGGAUGUGUGUGUGUCAAUACUUUGCCUAGUUAUACGGUAUUGAUUUGCAGCUGUCUCG